GCAAGCGCACGAGGACAAUGGCCUGCUGCCUCACUGUUCAUGGAGAUUAUGCAGCUGGUUUGGCCACCAUGCUGUUUCAUCGGCCAGCAUCCCGACUCGCGGACUUACUGGAGCAGCAACUUGUGACAUGGAUCUUUGCAACAGUCUGCGACUUCCUUGCUUCCAGAUCAUACCUCAUUGCAGUUCGUGGCCUUGUGGAGCAAUUUGAGUCAUUUUAUGAUGAGGAUCUUCCAGCUUUUACUAGAGUAGAGGACCUUCUGCAGCAUGCCAAGCUGUAUGACCUCACACAGAAGCAGUUGAAGGAUGUUUUGGAGCAGGCCAACAUAUCUCCCCUUUUAAUGGAUGAGCUCCUGACGGCGAUUGUGAGGAUCAACUAUGGGCAGAGCUUAACGAUAAGUGGAUUGGCGGGAGCGAUUGGUCUGUGUGGAAGUGGUGCUGACCUGUGGGCAGUAGAUGGGGGCAACCGACAAGUUCCAGAGGGGUUACUCCGUAAAGCUGGAGCGAUAGUUCAUCUGGGGGAGGGUGUUGAAAUCGUUCGUAGAGUGGAAGGGGGGAAGUAUGAUGUCAUUACCAGACAUGGAGACAGUGAACAAUUUGACGUCGUUGUGAUUGCCACACCGUUGGAUGAAGGAGCGUUGCAGUUGGAGCCACCAAUCGCCCUACCAGCUAGGAAACUGCAACACACACACACAACAUUUGUCGUCGGCUGUGUGGACCAUAAAUUCUUCAAUUUAUCCAGGGAAAGCGAUCUUCCUGACACUAUUGCAACCAUGGAGAACCCUACAAUCCCGUUUAGCUCAAUUGGACUCCUGAUGAGGUUUGAGAACGGCGAUGGCGCCUUCAAGGUGUUUUCACGACAACGACCAUCAGAGGAGCUUCUAGAUAAGAUGUUCAGGCGACGACUGGAAACCAUACGAAUUGAUUGGGCCGCUUAUCCGCUGUACAAAACACCGGAGGAAUUUGCGCCGUUCUUGCUCGAUGAUCACCAUUUGUAUUACGUCAAUGCAUUUGAAAAUGCAGCUAGCACCGUGGAGACCAUGGCAGUUGCUGCAAAGAACGUUGCGAAAUUGAUUGUGAAACGGCUGUCGGAUCGCACUCAGCACAGGCACAAUGUUGCCUCGACGAUGGAUCUAUCUUCAGAUUCAAGUUACGAACUGAAGAGCGAGCUCUAAGGACCUGCGAAAGUGUGGCGUAGCUCGCUGGUGACCGAGUGACGAGGAUAUUUCUGAUUUCUGACAGCUUCUGGUGAGGGUAGAAGCCAAAACUCGUCGUUCUGGAGUUGACAAGCUGUGUGAUAGCUGUUGUAAUGUGGUGUAGCUAAUGGUUACUCAUGCUGAGGAUAAUUUUUCUGAUGAAUGACAGCUCUGGAGAGGGGCAGAACGGAAAUUCGUCAAUUCUGAAUUUGAGAAGCUGUGUGUGCAGAGCAUGAAUCUGGUCCAGUCUCUGCACCAGGUUCGCCUGUCUAGAGGAAUGUGGUCCACUGGGCGCUGGUUACAGAACUUACAGGACAGUGGUGGCUCAUCAACCGAAAGAUUGGCGAAAGUUCCGCGAAAGUUUUGUCAAGCGUAUGGUUUAUUCAACUUUAUUGUCCCUUGAAGCAGUAUGCGUCGUAUGGUCAGCUUAUCUGUAUCUCACCCAACUGUCAGUCCGGAUACAGCGAAAAUGACAGUAUGUUCUAUUGGGGUGAAGACGGUAGCGAAAGGAAUGUUCAGUGUGUUUGGAUCUGAGGAUGAGCAACUGGGCCGAGUCAUGAAGGCCCGUGGGCCCGGUACUUACCAGUGGCCGUGUCGAUGUGCAGGUCGCAAGAGGGGUAGGCCCGCAGGCCCGCAGAGGCUGGAACACUCAAGUAGCGGGAGGUAGGACGAAAAAAAAGAAAGCAAAAAAAAAGAAAACGUUAGUACCAUUAGAGGCCGAUGUAGAAUUUAGGAGUCCGGUAGGCUUAGAGUGCAGAGGUACCGGUCUAGUAGUCUGAAUGUAGAGCCUGCGGAGGGGAAUAUCAGACACUGUAAUGAUGUUCCCUCCGAUUCCGGGAGGUACCAGGUAGACUUGGAGGCGGUGGGGCCGAGAAGCAACCGCAUGAGCAGGAACUUCGCUGAUAUAUCAAGUGAGGAGGCGAAGGGCUCAGCCUGAUUUGCGGCCGUGCGGGUUGGGUGCAUGCUGCUGGAGUGACCACCCAGCUGCAGCAGCGCCGGGCGAGGAAGAAGGCGCACUUGGCCUUCCACCUCGGCUAUGGUGCACUGAGGGAGGAAGAAGUAGAAAGAGGAGGAGGAGGAGGAAGAAAGAGGAGAACGAGAGUGAAGGAGGAGCUUACCUUGGUUUUUGGUGGUCUGCAUACUCGUGUUCUUGGUUGGCACUGCAUCUGGAAGGCACCAAGUGGGGUGGCACCUGAAGGAAGACCUCAGGGGUGGAAGUAGGCAUGGUGGCCAUAGUUAGAGAGACAUCGGAGCCGAGCUCCGAUGGUCCGCCAUAGCCACUGGAUAUACCGAGAAGGGGAAGGAGGGGUAGGAUGUCUAUGGUGGACUUCUUGAGAGACUGGAAAGUAAGGAGAGGAUUCAGACAUUGGUUCUGGAUUGUUCUUUCAAUGUUCUUAUUAUUGUUAUCAUUAAUGAGAGGUUUGGUGGAGUAAUUGGAGGAUGAAAAUGUUGGCGAGUUGGAGGAGGAUUGACAUUGGUCCUUCCUGCUGGUCAUUGUCUCUGUCUCCUUCCAUUCUCAUUUCUUCUUCUUUCUUAUAGCUCUUUCCAGUGUCUUUCAUUUCAGUUGAAAUUGAACGGAAUUGUCUUUCGUUUGUUUUCUGCACUGUAAGAUAGCCAGGUUAUCAUGGGCCCUGCACGAGGCUGAAAUGAUGUUUAUUUAACUUGAUUUUUUUAAUCUAAAGAAACAAGCUCAAGAUUGGAUGGAAACAAAUUGCAUACGAAAGG